GAAUCCCUAAUGACUCAUCUCACUCUUCAAUUCAAAUCCCUAAUGUCUACCACUCUCUCGAACCUUCCUAACGCCUCCUCUUUUCUUCCUAAACCUAAACCCAAACCCUCUCUUCCUCACCCACAAACACCUCUCACUCACUCCGCAGCACUUUUAUCUCGGUCAAUUUGCUUGAGGAAUCUGUUGCCAAAGGCAACGUCUUCUGAAGAGCGAUCCACUGGAGGAAGUCAAUUUUUCAAUGAGAAACGCGAUGGUGUCAUAAUCCUGGAGAAUGUUAAAGAGGAUAAUAAGAAUGAGUUCGAUAAAACGGUGAUUGAAGACACAAAAGAAGAAGAGUUGUCUGAUGAUGGACAGGGUCUGUCAUUUGAUUUGAUGGAUAAGCUCAAUUUUGAUACAGAUGACACUGGUUCUAUUGUCUUGUAUGGGGGUGGUGCCUUGGUGGCUCUGUGGCUAACAUCAGCUGUUAUUGGUGCAAUUGAUUCUAUCCCAUUGAUUCCGAAGUUGUUGGAAGUUGUUGGGCUUGCAUAUACAGUAUGGUUCACUUCCCGUUAUCUGCUUUUCAAGGUCUUGUUGCUGCCCUGAAAAAGCUCAAAUUUCUGGUCUUCCAAAUAACCCAGAUGACAGAAAACCAGAUCACAUGCCAUAUACGUAUGGGGGGGAUUACGCUCACUGUGGUUACCAUUCAGAUACGCAAUAAGCAUUUUUAACAAAGUCAUAUCCUUCCACCAACACGAACAACUUCUCUACCUUAAAUAUUUAAACUUACAUACAGGGCAUCUUCCAAGUCACUGUAUCAUAUGCAAAGAAACGCAAUAAGUGUUUUUUUGAAAGUUAUCUGUAUAAUUUUCAACAAAUACUCAUACAUCAUAGUAAUCUGUAUCAUAAUUUAAACUUUCAAAUAUGGCAUCUGUCAUGCGGUCUUCUAUUUCUUCUGUAUCAUAUCCAUAGUAGUCAAAACCAUCUUCUAUUUCUUCUGUAUCAUAUCCAUAGUAGUCAAAACCAUCCUCGGAACUUCUCCUACGUAUGUAGACAGUUCCGGUAUUACUGCCAUCUGCUUCUUGUGUGGCACCACGUGCAUGCAUUUCAAGUAUGAAAUCAGAAAUGGAACGAAUGUUGACGAGCAAAUAGCAGAACAAUGCGGCAACUGGAGCUAACUUGAAGCUCAUCUUCAUCACUGUGACCAAGAAACAUCCAACCAAGAAGUUAAACACACCAACUUCGAAUCCAAGUUGGAGUUGCCGCGACAAGCUCAUAGCCAUCAAUGCAAAUGCGCCACUGGAAGUGAGGUUCAUCAUUUUGCCGUGCGCAUUUUCCACCUUCCCUUCUUCACUACGGUCUUCGAAAACAGACCACAGAGAGGUGAGCGUUAAGACCACAAAACCCACUUGUGCUUUCAACAAGAAACUCCUCCCAUGUCCCCAGCUACAUCUUUUAAUGAAGAACAUGAAGAUAGAUAAAAGUGAGCUUACGACAGUGUACAUGAAGAUCUUCAGCGCGUUCCAGUGUCCGAACAUGUUGUGGAAAGAGGGACUGAGGGCAUAACAGCUGAAUCCAACUAUGCUUGAGACAAAGCCUGUUAGUCUCCACAGCAAAGGGUGGAUUAGGAGUUUUGAUAUUGAGGUUUGAAUGGCUUGAAUUUUGGUCAUUGUGGCAAGGAAGAAGAGUAGGCUCAAA